AUGGUGUGGCUUGGGAAUGUAAACCAGCAGCAGCAGCCCCACUGUCAACAGAUACUAGUGUGUGGAAACGUGCACAGGAAGGAGAACUGCGAGCGAUCGGCCGAGCCCCGGAGGUUCGCCCUGGGACAUCAAGCAGUGCGUCCGCCUCAGCGUCACCCCAGCAACAUCUCCGUGUCCCAGUUCAGCGUCACGCUGAUCCUGGAGGCCCAUAACGUCCCAGAGUUGUCUGCAGGGGUCAACUGUACCUUUGAGGACCUGGCUGAGAUGGACGGUCUGGUGGAGGGGAACCGCAUCAGGUGCAGCUCGCCUGCCGAGAAGGAGGUGCCUCGCAUUAUCGUAGACAAAGCUGAUCACCAGAUAGUUCAGCUCUACCUCAAGUCCAAGGAGACAGGCCUGGUCUUCGCCAACACCAGCUUUGUCUUCUACAACUGCAGCGUCCACAAGUCGUGUUUGUCAUGUGUGAGAAGCCCCUACCAGUGCCACUGGUGUAAAUACAGACAUGACUGCACCCACGACCCACGCACCUGCUCCUUCCAGGAGGGACGCGUCAAGAAGCCAGAGGAGUGUCCCCAGCUGCUGCCCACCGAGCGCAUCCUGGUGCCGGUCAACGUGGUGAAGCCCAUCACCCUGCGGGCCAAGAACCUUCCCCAGCCACAGUCAGGACAGCGGGGCUAUGAGUGUCUGCUCACCAUCCAGGGCGUGGAGCAGCGGGUGCCCGCGCUCCGCUUCAACAGCAGCUGUGUUCAGUGCCAGAACACCUCGUACUCAUAUGAUGGGAUGGAGAUGAGCAGCCUCCCUGUGGACCUGACGGUCAUCUGGAACGGAGACUUCAGCAUCGACAACCCUGCCGAAAAUAAAGUUCACCUGUACAAGUGUGAUGCCCAGAGGGGUAGCUGUGGCCUGUGUCUGAAGGCAGACCCCCUGUUUGGCUGUGUGUGGUGUAAAGGGGAGAACCGCUGCACCCUCAAGCAGCACUGUCCCCACCCUGAGAGCCAGUGGCUGGAGCGCAAUGGACUCAACAGCAAGUGUACCCACCCACGCAUCACCCAGAUCACUCCGCUGCGGGGGCCUCGGGAAGGGGGCACCCUAGUAACCAUCCGGGGGAGAACCUGGGCCUGGACUUCACGUUCCUAUAGAGAAGGGCUGGGGAAGAAAUGUGUAAGUGUGAAGGGCUCGGUGUGGAUAGUGUGUGAGAUGGCGGUGGCAACGCCGAGCCAGUUCGCCAACUACGUGGAGGUGUGUGUGGGGGGUGUGGGGGUCAGAGAGUGUCCAAAAGAGUUCAGGGCCGUAUACUCCAAGUACUACUACUUCGUGGUCACCAGACUGAUCAGCCUGAAGCCCAGCCGAGGGCCCGUCUCCGGGGGAACCAUCGUCAACAUCACCGGUAGCAACCUGGACGCCGGGAGCAACGUGUCCAUCAUGUUCAAGGACCAGAAGUGCACCUAUCACAGGAGGGGCGGCCAGUGGAUCACGUGUCGCUCCCACGCCUCGCUGCAAGGAUAUGGAAACGUCAGUGUGUCAGUGACGGUGGACAAGGCCCGCAUACAGAAAGACUUGAAGUUUGAGUACGUGGAGGACCCCACUAUCAUCAAGCUAGAACCUGAGUGGAGCAUCUUCAGUGGGCACACACCUGUGACCGUGACCGGCACCAACCUGGACAUCAUACAGAGCCCCCUCAUCAGAGCCAAGUACAACGGUCGAGAGACGGUCAACAUAUGCCAGGUUUUCAGCCCCACGUCCAUGCUGUGCCAGGCCCCAGAGCUGCCCAUCACCUGGGCAGCAAGGGAGGUGCCAGCGCGGCCCGAUGAGUUUGGCUUCAUCCUGGAUGACGUGCAGGCAGUGCUGGCCCUCAACAACACGUCGUUCAUCUACUACUACCCCACCCCGA